AUGCCUGUCUCUUAUGUGGAUGCCAACACUGGGAUCACAUUCGAGGGUGCAACAGACACAACAGGAUUCCGAUUCGGUAUGGUCAUGGAGGCCAAUGCCACAUCUGACUUCAUCGGGCAAAUUGUCAUCCCAAGUACAGCUGGUUCAGGAUAUGGAGGUGUUUCAUUAACUGGUAGUAUGGUUGGCAGUAUGUUGAUUGUUGCUUGGCCCAGUGGAACUGAUGUCAUUGCAUCGUUGCGUGAGACCAGUGGAUACACAUCUCCAGGUGCCUACGCAAAUGCCACGGCACAAUUGUUGCCAAUUGCAAAGGGUACCUUUGUCAACUCAACCCACAUGUCAUAUACUUUCCUUUGCCAAGCUUGUAUUGGAAACACUUAUACUUUGGCGGCUGGUGCUACUCAGGUCGUUGUUGGAUGGGCUUAUGGUAACGGCACAGUCACAAAUGCUGCCUCUGCUACCGAUGCGACUUUCAGUUAUCACGGUAAUGGGUAUGGUGACUUCGGCAUUCAAACUGCCAGUGCUGCGAACGAUAACUACGCCACAUGGGCUGCUUUGGCCAGCGCUGCCACUGCCAGCAACACAACCGCAUCUACCACUACUACCACUUGCUCAAACACUACCGUAUCAACUUCUAACUCAACUUACGAUUAUAUCAUCGCAGGUGCAGGUCCAGCUGGUAUCAUCGUUGCAGAGCGUCUUGCCGAGAGUGGUGCAUCUGUCUUGAUGUUAGAAAGAGGAAACGUUUCCACCUAUGCUACUGGUGGUAGAUCCACUGUUUCAUGGAACGACACCGUCACCCAAUAUGAUGUUCCUUCCAUGGCAUACUAUCUCACAUCCGCUUCUGUCUCCGACGAAUACUGUACAGACACUGCUUCAAUGGCUGGAUGUAUUCUUGGAGGUGGUACUAUGGUCAAUGCCUUGAUGUUUGUCCGUCCACAAGAAGCUGAUUUCGAUGACAAAUGGCCAACUGGAUGGAAAUGGACCGAUGUCAGUGCAUCCGCCGACAGACUCUAUGAGCGUAACCCCGGCACUACCAACCCUACCUCAAACUCGCAAAGAUACGAUCAAAGCGUAUGGAACGUUCUCUCUUCAUUCUUGGGUAACCUUGGUUGGUCCGAAGUUGAUGCUAUCGAAUCACCAAACUCGAAGACUCUAGCUUACUCUCAUCCACCAUGGGAUAUCCAAGAUGGUCUCCGUGCUGGUCCAGUCAAGUCUUACUACCCUCUCGCUACUGCCAUGAGCAACUUCAAAGCCCAAUUCAAUACUAAGGUCGCGGUAAAACUUAUCCUCGCUGCUGGAGCCAUGUCUACUCCUCGUAUCUUGAUGAACAGUGGAAUUGGUCCAACCGAUCAAAUCACCACUGUGAAGAACGGAAGCAGCUGUGUUGCUCUCCCAGUUGAAUCUGACUGGAUUAACCUUCCAGUUGGAAAGAACCUCAAGGACCACCCAAUCUUCACCCUCACUUUCAACGUUACCGGUUCAAUGGCUAGCAACUCCACCUCGUUGGCGUCAACUGAUUUCACCUCUCCAAGUACUGCCAACAUCGAUCUCUUCGCCCAACAAACCGGACCACUUGUUCAAUCUGGUCAAAGAUUGAACUUCUGGACUUCUGUUAACACCACCAGCGGAACCAAGUACAUCCAAGGAACCUGUAACUCCCCCGCUAGUGGUCAAAUCCGCAUCAAGCUCUACCUUACCCAUGGUUUGACAUCCACUGGUGUUCUUGGUAUCACCAGUUCCGGUGCCACAGAAUUCACUACUAACCCAUGGAUGAACACCGCCGACGAUAAAUCUGCCAUCGAAACCAUUAUUGACUACUUUCUCAAUGCCGCCAAGAACAGCACCAUGCUUACACCAUCUGAUAGUACCAUAACCGGUGCUUCUUUGGUCUCCGCCGGUACUUACGUCACCGGUGACCAUUUCACCGGUACUGCUAUUAUGGGUGAGACCAACGAUGGAACUUCAGUUGUCGAUACCAACACCCAAGUCUGGGGAACCGAUAAUUUGUUCGUCGUGGAUGCAUCUAUGCACCCUGAUAUGCCAACUGGUAAUACUCAAGCUAUCAUCAUGGUUGCUGCCGAGCAAGCCGCGCAGAAGAUCUUGGCAUUGGCUGGAAAGACUAUCUCCUCUACUGCCUCCCCCACCACUUCAUCUUCAGCUUCUUCGGGAAGCAGUGUUGCUUCAGCUCCAGCAGUCUCAAGCGCCGCUGCAUCCGCAUCAGCUGUUUCUGGGGCUAUUACAUCUGCUUCCUCAGCAGCUGCUAGCUCUUCAUCUGGUGAUAAUGAUGGUGAUACCUGCCCAUUCGGAUAUGAGCUGGACGAAUAG